AGACCCCCACCCAGGGUCACCCCUAAAAAAGCCCCAAGCCCAGAAUAUAUUGACCCAUUGGCUGCCAGAGCGGUUCUCACGGUCACUACCACCUUUUAUCCUGAGGCUGACCCCGAGAGCCCCACCAGGAACCAAGACGAUGGCCUCAAAGCCUGAGAAGAGGGUCGCCUCGUCUGUCUUUAUCACGCUGGCCCCGCCUCGUCGAAACGUGGCUGUGGCUGAGGAGGUGAGGCGGGCAGCCUGUGAGGCCCGGCCGGGCCGCCCCUGGGCACCUGCUGCUCCCGUCAAGGCUCCCGGGGCUGGCGCGACAGGGAGGCCCAGCCCUUGGACCCCCCCUGCCAGGGUGGCCGCCGCGGUGCCAGCUGUACCACCCCAGCUCUCCAACGGAGGAUGUUCUCCGCCUCCUCCUACCCUGGAUGGCGAGGACGCGCUCCCCGACCUGGACCUCCUCCCACCUCCGCCACCCUCCCCCGAUGAGGAGCCUCCUGCCUCGAUGGGGGCAUCGGUCAUUUCAGACUUCGAGCAACUGCACCUGCCCCCGCCCCCGCCCCCACCACAGCCCCUGGCGGAGGGGCCUCCACUCCAGCCUCGGCCCAGUCUUCCCAGGCCCGCGGAGGAGGAGCUGCCGCCUGCCCCAGAAGAGCCUGCUGCUUUCCACGAGAGAGAGGCAUCCACAGACGUCUGUGGCUUCUGCCACAAGACCGUGUCCCCCCGAGAGCUGGCCGUGGAAGCCAUGAAGAGGCAGUACCACGCCCAGUGUUUCACGUGCCGCACCUGUCGCCGCCAGCUGGCCGGGCAGAGCUUCUACCAGAAGGAUGGGCGGCCCCUCUGCGAAGCCUGCUACCAGGACACCCUGGAGAAGUGCGGCAAAUGCGGCAAGGUGGUCCAGGAGCACAUUAUCAGGGCCCUGGGCCGGGCCUUCCACCCCACCUGCUUCACGUGCGUUACCUGUGCCCGGUGCAUCGGGGACGAGAGCUUUGCCUUGGACAGUCAGGAUGAAGUGUACUGCCUGGACGACUUCUAUAGGAAAUUCGCCCCGGUGUGCAGCAUCUGUGAGAACCCCAUCAUCCCUCGAGACGGGAAGGAUGCCUUCAAAAUCGAGUGCAUGGGGCGGAACUUCCAUGAGAAUUGCUACAGGUGCGAGGACUGCAGGAUCCUCCUGUCUGUGGAGCCCACGGACCAAGGCUGCUACCCCCUGAACAACCGUCUCUUCUGCAAGCCGUGCCACGUGAAGCGGAGCGCUGCAGGGUGCUGCUGAGGGUGCCUUCCGGACCCUGGGGCCGUGAGCCGCCCACUAGCCCUGGACUCGAGGGGGGGUGGGGGGAAGCUUUCCUGACUCAGUUUGCCUUUCUGACCCACUCUUGCACACUUUCCUUCUGAGCCAGGACGGGGACCAGCCUGCAGCUCUGCCCACUAUGUCUGGGACGCAGGGGCUGAGCCACCCCAGCCCCCUCCCAGCUCACGGGUGGGUGGCUGGCAGCCGCUCCUCCUGCUGGCCUCUGUGUCUGGAAGGCUUCCAUACCAUCAGCCUCAUGCCCAGGGUUCCCAUCUCCAAGGCUCCAGCCCCGCUUGAGCACUGGCCCUGACCCCCAUUUCAUGGGUGAGUUAGAGUGAGUUCUCUAGAUGACACCCUGUGUCCCUAGCAAUGACACUUUAGCUGUCCCCUAGGGGAUACUAAGACCAGCCAUGGCCUGUGGACCGAGCUGUUUGAGUAAACUCCAAGGUCCCUUAAAAAGCCUUUUUUAAAAAUUUGAGGUUUAAAUGAUGAGCAAUAUUCUUUGGAUUUGGGGCAAGGUGGGGAUCUUAAUAGGACGUUUCAUAAAUGUACAAGAAUGUGACCUUGUGGUGGCAGCUGUGGACUUCUCACCCACCCAUGUCCAGGAGGACAUGUCAUGCUGACAUGGGGACCAGACCGAGGUAUGCACCUGAACGACAGACAGGAGCAGGAGGAGAGGGUGGUACAUGCUGAUACCCAGGGACAUCAGUGACCACACUCUGCUCUGCCAUCUGGCGCUCCUCCCGGUGCGACAGUGACUCAGCAUUGAUUAAGUGCCAGUUGUAUGCUGGGGAACAGGGUACAGGAGCUGUGCAUGUUCCUCCUACAGCCUUGACUGGGGCUGUGCACACAAACCCCACACAUGCGCACGCAUCUUCCAGGACAGUGCUGGGGUGUCCCCUCAGCCUCCCUGUUUAUCCCCCUGUGUCUCCCUCGACCCUCCAACCCAGGCCACCCUGUAACCACUGUUCCUUCAAGGCCGUACCUAGAAGAUUCUUCUUCCCUUUUAAGGAAAAUCACUUUUGUUGCUUUGUAACUUCUAAGACAUGUUGUAAGGCAUAAACAAAUUAAACAAAAUGUGCCUUCCUCCCUAGGGUGGUCUGGACGCACCACACACCCCUGUGGGGAGGCCCUGGGCUCCGAGCACCGGGAGAGUCUCCCUGUUGAGCCCCAUUUCUGGCCCAGAGCUUGGACAGUGAGUCCCAAGCUCCAGGCAUUCACAAAGCACCUCCACAAUAUUUGUCGUAACCGAGGACCUCCUAUUCGCUUAUUCCUUCAUAUUUUCUUUGACUCAACAUACUUUUUACUUAUUUCGAACUUUAGAAUUAUGCUGAACGAUGUAUCCUGCAGCCACGUCUUAUGUGCUAGUUAUGUUUUUUCCUAUUACACAUGAAAAUAAACGCAUACCCA